AUGGUGCUAGUCUCGAACUCGCGCACCGCGCCAUACACCUUCCAACCGCUCCCCGACCUCGGCUCGCUGCAGCGCAACCCCGCCCACGACGCCCUCCGCCUCUCCCUCCCUCUCCCCUCCUCAAACUCCACGCUCGACACGACGAACCUGCGCGCGGCGUUCACAGCCACCCUAAUGCGGUACAUCGACAGCACCGAUUUCGUGCUCGCCGAGAGCGACACCGACUACCUGCUCGACCCCGAAGGCGUAGUCUUACGCGUAUUCCGCGCGCAGAUGUCACAUGAGCGGAGCUGGGAGAGUUUCAGUGCGGCGCUGGAGAGGGGGACGGAGUGCUGUGUGGACGAUGUGAGGCUGGAGCUGAUGUUGUCGGAGAGGACGAACCCGGUGCCGGCUGUGUUCGUCUGGGACGUCGCGAGCUACGCGGAUAAAGAUAUCUAUCCGGCGUCGGGAAUUGUGUUUGGCGCGCACGUGGACGAGGAGGAUGGAGGGGUAUUCGUGGACGUCCUGGCGGACCGCGCGCUCAUCAGCGCAUCGUCGCUGUCCAACUUCCUCUCCCUCGUCAUCGCGACCUACACCUCCAUCACCGCCUCGCCCUCCUCCCCAUGCACCACCCCUCCCGCCCUCCCCCAACAUCUCCUCUCAAUAUCAACAUCCGAAACCGACCCGUCCCACGAAAAAGUCGUGCUGGAAUGGCUCUUCGAGAAUGCAGCGAACAGGCCGGACGCGAUUGCGCAUGAGGUGUAUGCGAGCCUUGAGAGGGGGCCGGAGGUGGUUACGUAUGGGGAGUUGAAUGAGAGCACUAAUGUGCUUGCGAGGUGGCUUGUGAGCAGGGGGGUGGGCGUGGAGGAUAAGGUUUGUUUGUGCAGUGUGCGGAAUAGAGGGUUUUAUGUUGCGAUGGCGGCUAUUCUCAAGGCGGGGGCGUGUUAUGUCUCGAUUGAUAUCGAGUUGCCCGACGAGCGCAAGAAGUUCAUCGAGCAGGACAGCGAGGCCAAGUUCGUCCUCGUCACGGACUCAGAAGCCGGGCGCGUCUUCGCGCGGCCCGCCCUCGUAACCGACGAUCUUCUGUCUCAAGCCCGCAAGGAACACGGGAACGAGAAUAUCUGUCUCGCGGGGCUCGACAAUCUCGCCUACCUAUUAUACACUUCCGGUACGACGGGGAACCCGAAGGGAUGUUUACUUGAGCACCGCGGGCUGUACUGGGCAAUGGAGUCCUUCUGCGCGCUCCCGCGCCCCAUCACGAAUCCGGAUACAGACAAACGGCUCUCUCUAGCUUCGACCGCCUUCGACGUCCACAUCUCCGAGAUCGUCCAAUCCUGGUGCCUCGGCACGCGCCUCGUCAGCGCCCCGCGCUUCGAGCUGCUCACCAACCUCCGCACGCACGUCGUCGAGCUCGGCAUCACGCAUGUCGGGAUGGUGCCGAGCAUGAUCGAGGCGCUGCUGGUGGAGGCGGACGGGCUGGGGGUGAAGUAUUUGGUCUCGGGCGGGGAGAAGAUUACGGAUGCGCUGCUGCAGAAAUGGUCGAACCGCGACGACCUGCUCCUCGCGAACUUCUACGGGCCGACCGAAGCCACAAUAGGCUGCACAUCGCGCCGCGUCGGCCCUUCCGACCGCAAAGAGAACAUCGGGCGGCCCUUCCCGUCGUGCGGCGCGCGCGUGCUCGACAAGAACCUCGACGUCGUGCCGGUGGGGUGUCCGGGCGAGCUUGUUGUUAGCGGGCCGCUCGUUGCGCGGGGGUAUCACCAUCUGCCGGAGGCGACGGCGAAGGCGUUUAUGAGGCUCGAGGACGGAACGCGCGCGUACAGGACCGGCGAUCUCGUACGCAUGAUGCCCGACAACUCAAUCGAAAUAAUGGGCCGGAUCGACCACCAAGUCAAGUACCGCGGCGUGCGCAUCGAGACGGAGGGCAUAUCCUCCAUCUUGACCACCGCCUCGAAAGCCGCCACCAAAGAAGAUCUCAGCGCGUUGACGUUCAUCACCAGUCAUCCGCAAGUCGGCGGCGAGCUGCUCGUCAGCUUCGUCGCGCCGGCCUCUUCAAAGAGCGUCUCUGUUGAAGAGCGGCGGAACGGUGUACCGCGCGUCGUGCGCCCGACCGCACAAUGGAGUGGCAACUCGGAUUCGGAGGAGGGGGGGACGACGACGCGCGAAUUGAUCCGCGCGCUGAAAAGAGCCGUCGAGGAGCAGCUGCCGCCGUACAUGCGCCCGGCGUACAUCGUGCCCGUCGAGUACCUCCCGCUCACGCUCAACGGGAAGACGGACCGGAAGAAGCUGGAGCGGGUGUUUGGCGGGAUGGGGCUGGGGGAGUUGAUGGGGGCGCAGGGCGGGAAGUAA